AGAAACCUAAAGCGUCAAAAUGGCUGAAUGUGUUUAGCUUCCAUUGCGGUUUAAUUUUCAUCAAGGACCUAAGUAAAUGGAUAUUUAAGUAUUUUACUAUGUUAAUAUAACGCAAGAAUAAAUAUUUUUAUUAUAAGUACGAUUUAGACUUAUGGGGAUGUUGAAAGAUUUAGUAUCACGACAUUCUAUAAAUAAUUCAUUUAGUAUAAUUAUAAAGAUAAAUAAGGAAUGAAUAAUAAUAAUACUUAAUUAUAAUUAUAAUAAUAAGCCUGGCCUGCUUCCAAGUUCUCAGCUAAGCCAAAAUAAUAAUGCCAUUAUUUUAAUAUUAAUUUAAUAUUUAGGCCCAGUAAAUUGCCAAUAUAAUAAAAAUUGUAAUAGUAUCCUUAAUAUAAAAUAAAAUAUUUUAUAAUUUCAAAAUGAAAUAUUGAACUCAAAACAAAGCUCAAUGCAAUUGUCAAUAAGAUUUGCAUUCAUUCUAAAAUUAAUAAUAAUUUUAAUAAAUAUUAUGUAUACGUAUAAUUAGUUAUUACUAUUGACUAAUAGUAUUAACUUUAUUAAGAAUUUGAAACUUUUGAAGAAAAGUACACAAAUUUAAUUUCGUAGGCUUAAAAUUAAAUUUAACAUAUAUAAAAUUGAUGAAAGAUAAUUGAAUGGACUAUAUGUUUGUAAUAGCUUGAGUCUAAUGGUACCUGGGUGCGAAUGGUGGCACUGCGUGUCUGGGUCCAUUUUGACUUGGUGCUAUUCGGAUGUCAUUUGUGGUAGGUUAUUUUAGUUAAACUGAAGAAUUAAGUUUACAAACAUAUAGUGGUUCAAUUAUCUUUCAAUCGAUACAGCAUUUUGUCUUACAAACCCAACAAUAAAAUUUUAAAUAGUACUUUAAUCCCAACCUCUCACUUCUGGUACCUGGUUACGAAUAGCCACUUUGAUAUUUCUUUAUUUGUUAAUCUAUAGAGAAGUUAAAAAGCGAUUCUGAUAGAAAAAUACAUAAAAUUUCUUUUUUUUUUAUUUAUAAAGUUUUUUAUUGUUGAGUUAGAAAAAUCGAUGCCAAAACCAGCGGUAAUAAAAAAGUUAAUAAUUAGAGAUUAUAUUCUAUAUUUAAUGUACAAUAUAGUAAAGUCUAUAAUUAUAUUACUAUUGCUCUAUUGGACUACAGUUACUUUAUUUUUUUGACACAAAAUGUAUCUUUCAAUUUGGAUCAGAUUAUGUUGUUAAAUUAAUUAUAUUUGAGUCCCUUAUCAGUGAUCAGCUAAUAAUUAUCAUUCAUUUUAUUAAUAUUUAUUUAUAACAGUAACAAUCUGAAAAACAAUUUAAAUUUUUUUAUUUUAUGUAAUAAAAUGUAUUGGAUGAAGUGAUUGAAAUUUUUGGCUAAGUAUAAAUAAAUAUUAUAAAAUAUACAUUUUAUGUUAUUUUGUUUAUUUGAAAACUUUAAAGCAAAUAUAUUUUCUACAGUUGAUAAUGUUUUACAUACUCAAUCUCAUAAAGCAAAAAACACAUGGACUCUAUAAUUGACAACUUAUGACUUUUGCAUUAUGAAAUAUAUUCACACUUGUAUCCCAUUUUCAUACUCCAAUUCAGAAUAUUAAAUGUGAGAAUUGAUUGAAAAAAAAACAAAAAAAAAACAACAAAAAAACAAUAAUAUGGCAUCUGUUUCGAUGGCAAAAGUUGUCAGAGUGGAAGAUGUAGAGCCUAAAACUCCUUAUUGUGCAAAUGAAAGUCUUGGUACUGAAAUGAUGACAGUUUCAGUGAUUGAAGAUGAACAAAAAAGGAAAAGCAUUAUUUCUGUGGAGUCUCAAGUUUCUUCAGGUAUGUUUGUGUUUUUUUUGUUUAUGCUGACUAUUAGUAAAAAACAAUUAUUAUGGUUUCGUAUAAUUUUUCUUUGAUGCAGACCCAGGAUACUAUGUAGUUAAAUGAAGUCAAUAAUAUUACCUUUUUUGUUGUUUGAAAAAUCAAAAAUGUCUGAUUUCAUAUAUAGGCCUCCAUCAGCUAUUGGAAAUAAUUAUGACAAUUUAUGGAUUAUAUAUUUGUUUUUAAAAAACAACCACUAAAGAUGCUAAUAUUCAACUAACUUUAUAGGUACAAAUACAGAUGGUAAUUUAUUAAGUAAACAUGAAGAGCUAGCAGCUCCAGAUAAUGAAAAGAUGUUGUAUUUUGAAAUAUAGUUUGGUAACCAGCACUAAAAUUCAACUAUCAAAAACUGCAUCUAAUAUCGAAUGUGUGUUUUUUUCUAUAAAAAAAAAAUCUGCAUAGCAAACUUGAAAUUAUAACUAAUAAUUUUAUUCCAUACUAGUAAUAAAUGUUUUGUUUACAUCUUAAUGCCUUGUAACGUUCACAGACAAGAUGUAUCCACUACCUGAAAACUGGCCAAAGAUUUUACAACUAGCUCGACCACGUAGCUGUGAACUCACCAAUAUUUGGACACCAUGUCUUAGGAAAGCUGUCUCUCAUAUAGAAUUAUUGCAGAAUGCAAUCCAGCAAUCAUUUGAAUCACUAAAUGAGAAACAACUUUUGCAAAAAAAUCUGCAACAAACCUCUGAAUAUGGUAAUACUAAUAUGACCACAUAAUUUUUCAGAGUAAAAUUGUUCACAGAUGGCUUAUUUAACAUGGACAAUACAAGUUUAGCACUGAGUUUAAAGUGAUUCAUAAUUAUCACUUUGAAAACAUAGCUCACUCAUAGGAUAAUACUGUAAAUUAAAAAAAAUAUAAAAUAACACUACAACAAAAUUUGGUGAGAAAAAACAUAACAUGCAUUUGUAAAGCAAUAUCUCUAUUUUAAAUAAAAAAUCUAAUGUCUUAAUAAUUGCAAAAUCAAUUAAUGUUUUGUAUUUCAUAAAGAACAAAGGAAAUAGAUUCCAUUUUCAGUAUAUGUGAUUAUUAUUUUAAACAAGAAGUGCCUGCACAUUAAUUAAAGUAUUUUUAGCAGGUGGAAAGAGGCAACUUAAAUUUCCAGGAGCAGUUGAUGAAAAAGCAAUGAUCAGCAAUGAAGAUCAGUUCUCCUACAGGCAAAGCUCAACCAGAAUGUUGUCAUCCAGAGGCCUGUCAUCAGUUAAAAAUGAUUUAUCAGUGUUUGGUGUGGGUGCUUAUGUUGAAGAAGGUAAUUAGCUUGUUUUAUUAAACAAAUUUAAACUGUUUGAUAUGCAGACAUUUAUUUCUUUAUGUUGCUGAAUUAUCAGACUGAUAUUUUUUUUCAGCAACUAGUUUAAUUAUUAAAAAAUAAAUAAUUUAAAAUUAUUUAAUUUUUUUAUCACUUAUAGUUAUUCUGUUUAACACAUUUUAGGAUAUUUUUAAUUGAUUGAUUUUUGUGCCUUCAGUAACAAGUUUUAUUAAAUAUAUAUUGAAAUGUGACAGACUCAAACAGGCUAUGAAAUAAUCUUACAGGACUUGGCAGUGAAAAAAAUGAUAUUCCUUAUCUGGGUGCUCAAGAGGUUAUAGAUGAAGUGAUUAUCUUACUAGCUAGGCUUGAGAAUGACUGGCAUGAAACACAAGAGGCAUACCUAAAAGAGGUUGCUAGAACAGAAAUGCUUCGAGCUAAAAUUGAUGAGCUUCGACUUCGCAGAUUAAAGGAGUUACCAGCCCUUGUACAGAGAGGUAUUUUAUGUUAAGCAUAAUCUGGUACAUGUUGAGGAGAAUCUUGAUCUGAAAAUUAUUUUAAAAAGUAUGAAAUCUGAAACUCAAAUUUAAUUAUUAUGACAUAAUAGUUAACUAUUUUGAAAAAAUUUAAAGCCAUAAAUAUAUAUAUCUAAAGCAUAUUUGCUUAUUUCCUUUCAGCAAUAGAUCUGAAAUAUUUGCACCUUCCACAUUUUUAAGUGCAUUCAUCUUGCUAAGAAAAGAAUCAGUCUUUAUAGGAUUAGGAAAGACUUCAGCACUUUAUAACUAUUGCAGUACUGGUUUUAUUGUCUUUCUAAUUCAUUAAUAUCUCUACAGAACAUGAGACUUGUAUAAUGGACCUUAGUGAACUUCAGUGGCAUUUAGCGUACACCACACAUAAUGAAGAAAAAGCUCAACAGCGUUAUAAAACUGCUGAAAAAAUAAACAGUCACUUGAAAGAGGAUAUUGCGUUUGUAAAGCAACAUGUGUAUGUACUUUUGAACAUAUAAUUCUGUAUAAUAUUUAGCAGUGUAAUAUUAUGUAAUUUUGAACUAUUUUAAGUAUAAGAAUUUAGCAGGGUAAUGGAUACUCAUUUCUGCAUUAUCCACUGUUCAGGUCUGUUAUAAUUCAAAUGCCAUGAUCAGACUGAACUAGUUCCAUGCAGCGCACUAAAUGAACAAAGUUAUUUAAACAUUUAUAGUUGCAUGCACCAUGAUUUAUUUUUUGUAAGAAAUUACAAUAGACUAAAUUAUAUUUAACAGACAUGUUAGCUUUCAUUCGCCUUAGUAAAUAUGUUAUGUUUCCUCUCAGUUCCCUUUUCACUAGGAAAAACAGGAAAAGUUAGUUCUCAUAUGAUCAUCACGACUGCAUAUUUACUAACUGAGUAUAUCUCAUGUCAAAUAAAAAUCUUAAUCUUAAACCCACUCAUUUCUACUUUCCAGAUCUAUAACAAAUGUUUAUUUUCAUGACUUUCUCUUUGGAAAAUUUCUUUGUUGAUUAGAGCAUUUUCAACAUUUUUAUCAAUGACUGGUUACAGCAGGUUGAUGUGUAACAGGAAUGCACCUGUUCAUUUAGCAUACAUCUUACAUCAUAUCGGGAUACAAUUUAUUCAAUAAAGUACAAACCUGUAUGUGUUGUAUCCCAGAAUCAUGACAGUUUAAAAAAAAAUAUUUAUAUAUUCAAAAUAUAUUUAUUUAAACUACUUUGUGCUAAAUAAGUUUGAAAAGUAAUAACAUUAAUUCUGCAAGACAAAAGCUAUUUGUUGAAACGUUCACUAUUAAAUUAAUAUUUGUAUGACAAAAUUUUUACUUCUUGUAGUCAUAGCCUAACAAAAAGUCUGGUCAAUUUAGAUUAUAGAAGUUUUCAAACUUUGCCACCCAUUUUUUUUUUCACUAGUGAAUUAAUUAAAUGUAGAUGUCUUGUUUUUAAAUUGUUGUAUUUAUGUGCUAAAAAUGUACCAUGCAAUCAAAAAAUAUUUCCAUUUGUUUGGAUCAAUAAAAGAAUCUUAUCUUAUCUUAUUUUCCUUCAGACCUUUGGUACAAGAAAAACUUAUCCUGGAGGUGGAAGCCAUGGACAAGAUAAGAAAAGCUCAGGGAGAUGUGAGUAGAUGACACUGCCUGUAUCAUUAUACAUUUUCAAACCAAAGAAUAUUGACUGACGGGAUUGAUUAUCUAAAUGUAAAAUAGAUCUGUGAAGAAAUUGGAAGUAAAAUGUUCAAGCUAUUCCUUCUGUAAGUGUAUAUUUAAAUCAGUUAUGUAAGAUUCAUAUCAGAAAAUUAUUUUUUCAGACUGACCAGGAGCUUGUAAUGACCAAUCAGAGGCUGGCCAAGACACAGAUGAAAUCUACUGAGGCCAUAACUAAGGCAGAAACUGAGCGGGGAUACAUAAAGAAGGAGUUGGAUAGAGUGAGAGAAGACCUUGCUAGCAUUAGGUGAAUUUUUCAUUUAUUUUGAAAUUUAAGCUGUAAGAAGUAAAUUUUCCACUAUUAAUUCGUUAACAUCUUUGGGCAGACAAUUAAUAGAUGCAUAUAAAUAACAAAGAAAAAUUUACUGAAAACGUUCCUAAACAAUUUAAAAAUGUCUGAUUUUGAUUUUUUAAGAAGAAAGAAACAGCUUUACUUUUACCUUUAGUGACAUAAGAAAUGCCCACAAGCCUAUUGAGACAUCUUUAUAAUUAUAAAUACUGACUGUAAAUUUUAAUUUUUGUCAGGCGUAUAUGAAAUUUAUAAUUAAAAAUUCCUUAGUGUGGCAGUUGAGUGUGUUCUGGAAUCACUACAUUAAGUAAUGAAAAAAAAAUGUAGGAGCUGGGUAUUUAUUAAAGAAAUGUUAAAAUGUUAAGCACUUUUAAUUUAUACAACCACUUGUGUGUAGCGAAGAGCUAAAUGAGGCUAAGAUGACCUUCAAUGCAUACAUUCAUCAAGUGAAUGACGUCAGUCAACAAUUGAUUGACAAUGAACAAGAAAUGAAAGUUCUUCAAGUGAAAAAUGAAAAUGCUAAGGUAGCUGAAGAAAUGCAAGCAACAAAAGUAAGUUCUGUAUUUGUAGCAUAUUUAAUAGAUGUACUAGAAUUAUUUUUUUAAACAAAAAUUGUAAUUUAAAUACCAUAAACCUUAAAAAGUAAUUAAAAAAUACAGCAAAAUUCGAAAGAACAAAUAUUUACAAACUACUUUGACCAUUCAGAAAAGUAAUUUAAAACAUAAAUGAUUGUUUAUUAUGAUGUGUUCUUCUUAAUUUAAAAAUAGUUUAAAAUUUAAUUGCACUUUUAUUACACUUUUAAAAACUUUGCUAUUGGCAGGUACGAAACUUACAAUCUAAACUUACACAAGCUGGAUUUGAAUACAGACGACUAGAAAAUGAAAAUGAUCAACUGGAACAAGAGCUCAACACCACUGUAUGUAGAUUUAAACCCAUGCUAAAUAGAAGUAAUGACUUCAAUUAUUACUCAAAUUUAUCAUUAUAUCAUUUGCAAGAUUUAAUCUGUUUAAUCAAUUUUUUAACAGCUUGUAAAAUGAUCCAGUACAAAACUAAGAACGCAAAAAAAGGUUUUAAGAACUCUACUUUGAAUGUACUGAUAUUUUUUAUACCUACAACCUUAAGAAUAAUUUAAUGGCACCUUGACUAUUAUAUUAAAGUAUUUUAUUUUUGUAUUUAGAAAAAUCGUAACAACCACAGACUUCAAGAUUUGGAAAAUCAGGUGACAGCACUGGAGGUUAAACAUAAAACAAUUUUUCAUAAAAAUCAGGAAAUUACAAUGGAUAUUGAGGAUUGUGAGGAGAAGAUCGCAAGAUGGUAAUUUUAUGUUUUAUCUAAGAUGUUGACUGAUUGUAGGCUCAUACAUUAAAAUUAUAAGAAAACUCUUAAAUAAGAAACAACAAUCACUGAUAACAUUUGAUAGCUUUUUAUUUCAAGAAUAAUUUGGUCAUUAGUGAUUAAAUUUUAAGUCAAAGUUAUUUUUGUGUCUACAAUUGUAUUAAAAAAUUAUCAUGUCAUCAAUCUUCUUGAAUUGUAAAAGUGAAAUGUGAAAUAUAUACUUUUCAGUAACCAGCAAAAAAUUUCUGAUGAGAAAAAUGUUGCAAGAAUCAACAGAGAGAUGGAGAAGACUGGUGACAUGCUGCAUAAAACUAUGGAAAGUUAUAAAGGCAUUGCCGCUCUGAAUCACCAUUUACAUGGCCAACGUGCUGUAGAACUAGACAAAACAUUCCAAGUAGAACAGAAACUAAAGGUAGAAUUAUGAAUAAAGUAUUUAUGGCACCUGUGAGUAAUAAAGAAAUUUUGAAUUCAUCUGAUACAAGCUAACAAAUUUUCAUGUAUUUUUAGAUAACUGUGGAAACCUUGCGAAAACAUGUUAAAGACGAGAUGCACACAAGAACAGUAUUAAAUGCUCGUAUUAGCUCUGAUGGAAAUGAGAUUGAAAAGACAAAAGUAGAAUCUGCAAAAAAGAACGAGAAAGUGGGCAUAAGUUUUGAUUUGUUUUCUAUUGUACAAUUAAUUAUUUUUAAAAAUUUCCAUCUAAACACUACAUUUUGGAGAUUCCUAAUGAUUUUACAUAAACUAUAGUAAUUAGGUGGUUUUGUACCUCUGUUUGGUUUAAAAGACAUAAUAUAGUAAUAUUUUUAGUUCACCCUACUAUAAACUUCCCAAAUGAAAAAGAAAUUUCAAUGUAACUCAAGAACCUAUUGAAUUAAAAAAUGAACCUUAGAAAUUUUUCCCAAAAUUAAUUUUUAUCAUGUUAAAAUAAUUUAAAGUCUUAUGAUUUAGAUUCAGAGCAUUGCAGAUGAAGUUGAAAGGGCUGUCAGUGCAGUACUUGAAAAAGUAGAAAAACUUCGAUCUGCUAAGGCAGAGAGACAACAGGUAAUAAAUAGUAUAAUUCAUCAAAUUAUAUAUUAAUUUCCUGUUUUGUUAAAUUUUUUUAAAAAUUGAAAAUAUAUUUCAAGUUAUAAUCAUUUACAUUUCAGCUAAAGAAUAACUUAACAACAAAACUGAAGGACACAGAGACUAUGCACAAGGAGAGUCAAGAAAAGUUGACUAAAACAAUAGAGAAACUGGAACCACAACAUCACACUGUCAAGGUGGGACAACUAGAGGGCAAACAUUUCAAAGACUUUCAAUAAUAAAUAUAAAACUUUCAAAGUACUUAAGCAUUACCGUUUCAGUUUUUCUUUAAAUUAUUAGGUUAUAAUUCAAUUUAAUUUGCAAUUUAAUCCAAACUUAAUAGCAUUAACUUAAUUAACAUAACUUCAACAAAAACAGAAUGAGCUAAAAAAUCUUAAUGAUCAACUGCAUGAGAUGGAACGGAGUACACAGAUGAUGAAAAGUAAAAUUGAAGAAAUGGAUGCAGCCCAGCAGAUGAUGGAGAGAUCUGUUAAAACAUCAGAAGAAACCAUUGCAGUUUUAACGUAUGUAAUACCAUUGAACCAAAUUACAUAUUUUACUUUUUGUAUAAGCUAUUUAUCUCUCUUAAUCAAGUUUGAUUUGUAAACAUGGGUCUGCAAUUAAUAACAAUUAUUAAAGAAAAAAAGAGCAACAUUUUUCAUUCUCUUUUUAUAACCUCACACCAGCAAUCCACAACCUACUGCUUUUUGCUACAUUACAAACAUCAACAUCACAUUGCUGCAGUACCCCACUUUGUAGUAUAAAAAACCAUUGCUUACACACAUGCCUGGCCAAAACUCGCCCAAAGUCAAAGUACCCUAUAAAUUACUACUUCUAAAGAAAAUAGGUCAUAAUCUCUCACCUGUACAGAGGCCACAUCAACUAAAUCUGCACCAUAAACCUAUGAAACCAGUCAGAACAGAAACAUACCCUUCUGCUAACAUCUGAAUGAGACAAUACCACCUGUUUCAUUGCCCAUUACUUCUUUAUAAAAUGAGCAACUGAAAAUAAAAAAUAAAAUGUUUGACCGUUGCUUUAGGCAGAAGUGCAGAAAAUUGUAAAAAAUGAAAGCAGUCAAAUGUAGUGGAGAAAGUUCAUCACCUUGGAGACAGUUUAGGAGAAAACCUGUACAAGAUCAAUAACAAAGCCCUUUGUCCAGUUUCUAAACAUUUUAGUAGUGCUAACCACAAUUUAAUAUUGGACAUAGCACUAUCUGGUAUAAUGUAUGCAAGUAAUACACCUGACAGACUUUUUUGGAAAACAAAUUAUUAAAAAUAUUUGUUACAUUCACUCUAUACAGUAUAAAUAAAUUUUACAUAGCUUCAAUGUCUUUUACUAUAUGGUUUUUAUAUUUAAUUCCAUCCACUUUCUUUUUUCUUUCUAUUUUUUUGUUUUUGUUAGGGACUUGUGCCCAUUAUUAUUCUUUUCUUUCAUUUUUUGAUAAAGGCAGAAUAUAAAUUUGUUAUGUAAAUUUAAUUUAUAAUUAUAUCAAGCUUUUCGUUCUUCUGAUGAAGGCAUUAGCCGAUACAUUUGAAUUUAUUUUUUGUCUUAAAGCUUAAAAUAUAUUGUUUUAUUUACACAAAUUGUUUGUGUCCCAUUCAUCUUCAUUCAGAAGAGUACAUUCUCAAAUGAUAAAUUUGCUGUUUUUAAAAAAAAAAAAUGCAACAAUACCAACAUUUGACUUGAAUCUAGAAAUCAACUGAAGCAAUAUUGUAUGUUUUUUUUCCAUGCAAUACAUUCACAGGUCAGAGCGGGAGGAGCUUAACCUACAGAUUACCUCUGGAAGAAAACUAAAUGCAGAUCUACUCAAGCAGUAUAAUGACAUGCAAGGUCAGUGAGGGGAAAAAACACCCUACAACAAAUUUGAAUAUUAUUUAAAUAACCUGUUAUCCUAUGCAUUUCAUAAGUAAUUUCAACUAUAAGGUUAAAUUCUAAGAUAUCAAGAGAUUUACUAUUGAUUUUUUAUUUAAAGGGACAUGUUUUGAUUUAUGGUUGGCUAAAUUUAAUUGACUUAAUUCUUUCUUUGUCAUUACCAGAGCGUUCUAAGGAAAGUGAGAACAAGCACAAAGCUUUGAUGAAAGAUAGAGAGGCUGUUCUGAAGAAAUAUGAGGUUUUAUGCUUGUCAUUUCAUGAGUAUAUCUGUAGGGGAGAUUUUACAUCUCUAAGAUAAAAUAAAUUACUAACCUUAAUUCAUCAAAUUUAACAAAACAAUUUAUGCAUUUGAACAUAUAUUUUAUUUGCAUUUUAAAUGUUAUUUUAUUACAUGAAAGAGACUUAAUAUUAAUAUUAUUUCAAAUGGACCAAAAAUAUUAUAAUUAUAGAGUUUUACAUAUUCAGCCUUAAAUAAAUGUUCAACUGACAUUAAUUAAAAUAUUCAAUUUUUUAUUCAAAAGUUAAUAUCUUUUUUUCUAAAUUUGAUAACUCCAACAAUUGCUGAUGAUUAAAGGACAUUUACAGGCUGACAAAACCCGUUAUAAAGAGAUCAACAAAGACUUGGCCUCUAGGUACAGACAACUCCAGAAUUACUAUUUGUUAACAAAAGAGCAGAUGCUGAAAAGCUAUGAGGAGAGAAUUCAACUUGAAGCUGCCAUUACAGACGUGAAACAGGUAUAAAAAACAACUUUAUUUCAUUUUCAUGUUAUUCCUAGCAUAAUGUCAUACUUAAAUUUCAUUCAACUUGAAGCUGCCAUUACAGACGUGAAACAGGUAUAAAAAACAACUUCAUUUCAUUUUCAUAUUAUUCCUAGCAUAAUGUCAUACUAAAAUUUGAAGAGUACCCAUUGAAUGUGUGUAUGGGUAGUUGUAUAAAUUGUACAAUUCCUGAGCCACAUCUCCUAUCAGUGAGUUCUUGUACUUUGAACCAGUUCAGAGGCACUGACCUUUUGUCAAAAUCUGCACCUUCUUACUGAAGAAAUUUUUUUUUCUUCCUUGAAAUAAUAUUUAGGAAUUUUUAAAAUAGUUUCAUUGGUAAACAAAAGUCCCAUACUUUUUUUUCCAGCUAAGUUCCAUACAAUCCAAGCUUCAGGGAGCCUUGGCUGAGUAUUUUAAGCUGAGCGGUCUUUACAAUGAGGCAGAGUUGUGCAAACUAGAGAAAGAAUCUUCCCAUAAUGCAGAUCGUGUUUCUGAGCUGCAAGUUAGCAUGGAGCAGGCUUUAGAGCAAAUAUCCCAGUUUCUGAGUUCACAGAUGGAUGUUCAGAUGGUCAAACAGAUCGCCUUGGAUACUGUGAUGAAGAGAAGCGAACAAGUGGUGUUACCCAACAUUUCCCAGGUUAAAUCAGGGUUGUCUACUCUUUCAUCGGUUGUAAACUCUCGACAACCGACAGCUGUUGUAUAAAUUUAAAUAUAAACUGAAAUUAUAAUAUACUUAGUAUUAUAUGCUGACCUGUAAAAAAUUUUGAGUAGUCAAAGAACAUCUCUAACUGGAUUUGAAAACAUGAAAAUUGUUUCCUCAUUUGAAGUUGGACUAAUGAUAUUAAUAUUUAAAAACUUAUUACAGAUCAACUUGUUGCAAAGAUUAGCUCUUUUGAUCUUCUUAGCAAUGAUUUAUUCCACAUUUUCUAUUUCUGAUUUCACCUUUUACUCAUAUUAAAUUAUAGAUUGCAGGAAAAUAUGCC